GCCUGCUGCCAACUCCAAGGCUCUAGGAAGAAAGGAAGGAGGAAACAAAAACAUUUCUUCGCCGAUGAUUUUUUUUUUUAACCAUCCCAAGUAACUUUUUGCCACCGGCUCCUCAGCACUGAACCAGCGGUGACCUCUUUCACCGGAGGAACGCUCGGGGUAUCCCACCCAAAGCCACUGCAGACUUGAAGAGCACCCAUGGGAACACCACCCGGCUCCCUUUAGGAGGCAGCUCUCCUCCCCGCCCUACAGGCCGGGCAAGCAAGCCACGGGAGGAGGGGCGAGGUGAGGGUGGCGCGGGGUUCGCUCUGGUCCCGCUUGCCAGGGCUGCGGCGGCGGCGGCGGCCGGCAUGGCAGAGACGUGGCCCGGGCCCGCGGCCGCGCCGCAGCUCAACGCGCUGCCGGACCACUCGCCGCUGCUGCAGCCAGGCCUGGCCGAGCUGCGGCGCCGGGCCCAGGAGGCGGGCGCGCCGUCCGAGCCGCUGCCGCUCACCGACGCCUUCCUGCUGCGCUUCCUGCGCGCCCGGGACUUCGACCUGGAGCUGGCCUGGCGGUUAUUAAAAAACUACUAUAAAUGGAGAGCAGAAUGUCCAGAAAUAAGUGCAGAUCUACACCCUAGAAGUAUUCUUGGCCUUCUGAAGGCUGGCUACCAUGGAGUCCUGAGAGCAAGGGAUCCUACUGGCAGCAGAGUUCUUAUUUAUAGAAUUGCAAACUGGGACCCAAAAGUUUUUACAGCUUAUGAUGUAUUUCGUGUAAGUCUAAUCACAUCUGAGCUUAUUGUACAGGAAGUAGAAACUCAACGGAAUGGGAUCAAGGCUAUCUUUGAUCUGGAAGGCUGGCAGUUUUCACAUGCAUUUCAAAUUACUCCAUCUGUAGCCAAGAAGAUUGCUGCUGUACUUACAGAUUCCUUUCCAUUGAAAGUUCGUGGAAUCCACUUGAUAAAUGAACCAGCCAUUUUCCAUGCUGUCUUUUCCAUGAUUAAACCAUUCUUAACUGAAAAAAUUAAGGAGCGCAUUCAUAUGCAUGGGAACAAUUACAAACAAAGCUUACUGCAGCAUUUCCCAGACAUUCUUCCUCUGGAAUAUGGUGGUGAAGAAUUUUCCAUGGAGGAUAUCUGUCAGGAGUGGACAAAUUUUAUAAUGAAGUCUGAAGAUUAUCUCAGCAGCAUUUCUGAGCCCAUUCAUUGAGAGAAAAUCACUUUGUUUGAAUGGAUUCCUGAUUCAAAAUAUAUGAGUGAGAGCCUAUCUACCUGGUUAUAUGUUUGAAAGAAAAAGAGCAAAACUUUUAAACUAAUUACUACUUAUGUGAUCAUUUAAAAUACAUUUUCUGAAAUGAGUGACAUGGGUAUUUGGGAAGGCUUUUUAUUUUUUAAAUGCUUUUUUUAAAAAAGCUUUUGAGGUAAUAUAAAGUUCAGUACAUUUUUAAACCACAGAGAGAUUACCAGUUUCACAUUUGAAGAGACAAUAUAGCAAGUUAUUUCUAAAGUAGCUGUUCAUAUAUAUCUUUGUUUCUGGAAUAUUUCAUUUUAAACAAGUUCUGUGAUCACAUUUGUUUAGUAAUAUAUUUAUAAAUAGCCCACUAAAAAGAGAUAAGUUAACUGAUGAUAAAAAAACUGUUAACACUCACUUUGGGUGGAUGCCAGAUUCGAUUAUAAUUCACAUUAAAAUCUUUUUUAAAAAAAGAUUUCUUUAUAUUACUUGAAAGAGUCACACAGAAAGAGAAGGAGACAGAGAGAGAGAGAGAGAGAAAGAGAUAGAGAGAGAGAGAGAGAGAGGUCUUCCAUCCGCUGGUUCACUCCCCAGUUGGCCUCAAUGGCCGGAGCUGAGCUGAUCUGAAGCCAGGAUCCAGGAGUUUAUUCCAGUUCUCCCAUGCAGGUGCAGGGGCCCAAGGACUUGAGCCAUCUUCUACUGCUUUCCCAGGCCAUUGCAGAGAGCUGGAUCAGAAGUGCAGCAGCUGGGUCUUGAACCGGUGCCCAUACAGGAUGUUGGCACUGCAGGUGGCGGCUUUACCCACUAUGCCACAGCACCGGCCCCUCACAUUAAAAUCUUAAUACAGUUUAUAGUUACUUCUGUGAGCCAUCAAGAUAGUUCAUCCAGAGAAAUUCUAUAUUAGCACAAUUUGCACAAUAGAAACUUUUGAUUAAAGAAUGUUUAUGCCAUAUUGUAUAAAGCAUCCAUGGUCUCUGAAAUGAAUCAUAUAUAUUGAUAUAUUGAUAGAAUUGAUUAACAAAUACUUCACAAAGUAUUUCAGGCCCAGUUGCUGGUUUCUCAGUAAUAUUUUAUAUUUUCAGAUAAAUCAAGAAUAUAAUUUUGACUUUUGUUUAUGGUUAUUCUUAUGAUGAUACAUAGUUUUAGAGAGAUAAUAAUAUUUAAUUGUUUUAUACAUGAACUAUUUUUAGUUGAAUAAUAACAAAACUAUACAAUAGAAAGGAAUUGUUUACAAUUUUAAAUCAUUCUCAAGUUUGUGUUGUAUUUCCAGAUUGUACAAAAAAUAAUUUUUGCAUUUCUAUUAUCAGAAUAAAGCAGAUCUCACAAUUAAUCAUGUUUAUUUAAACAAAAUCAAUAAUUAAAUGCUGUUUGUUCUGCAGUUUAUAUCAAAGGGUAUUUCAUUUAUUGAAAAAGACUGUAUUCAGUGUGGCUUUCACUUCAUGAUAUGCUUUCAAUUCAUGAUGUACAUUUGAUAGUAUUUGAUAGUUAAUUUUGUUUUAAACUUGAACAUAAAAGAACAUGGAGUGUUUGCCCAGCCAGUUGAGUUUCACCUUUAAUUAUAUAAUACUAUCUUUGUGCAAGGAUAAGAGAAGGAUAUUUUUCUUUAUAAGAAAAUUAGUAUAAUCAGGUGAGCUGAUUCUUGUGAUUCUCUGUACAUAAAUGUCUGAUAACAUUGAGAGUAACUGUGAAUGUUCUUUAGAGAACAUAUUUGAUUAUGAUUUAGCUUUGGGAAGCUAACUUUACAUUAUAAUUUUUAUAAAAAAAAUCAGAUGUUCUGUUUUUCUUAAAAAAUACUGUCUUUAUAAAAUUUAACAGUCUUAAACUGUAUAAUUAAAGAUAAUGGAACAAAAAAUUUAAAAAGAAUAAACAUCAACAACAAAAAGUCUCUGGCUUUCCAAAUUUUAUUCCUAGAAGUAGAUAUCACAAUCCCACUUCAUUUACAUUUGGCUAUUUAAGACAAUUUCUUAUGAAUUAAUCAUCCAUAAAUGAAUGAUUAAUUUAGUAUACAAGUAAAGGGUAACAUUUUAAAAUGUCUGUAAUUCAUUGGUGAUGUGGUUAACAGUAAAUGGAAUUAAAAUGUUAGUCAAUUUUUUUUUGUGAUGGGUUUUGAGGUUUUUAUAAAUAAAACAACUCCCUGAAGAGCAUUAAAAAACAAUGUGAAAUGAUCAGGCAAGAUGCCACGGUAAAUAACUGAUUGUCUGUAUUACUUUACCAUACCAGAAGUGCCUAAAAGGUUAACUCUAUUAUGUUUUCAUUGUGUUAUUGAACUGCACAAUAAUUUAUUUAAUAUUGUUCAGAAAGAAAUAAACUUUUUUUGCAUAAACCAUAGUAUGCAGUUUUUUCUUUUUUAAAAUGUGAUUAAAUAUUCUUUUUCAAAACCUGCUUUUUCCUUACUAAAAAUUUAAGAAAACGUAUCACAACUAAUUGUCCAUUACACAAAAGUCAGUUUUUUUCUCUGUAAGUUUUAACUGUAGACUGAUUUUCCAUGUUGCUUAGUUCACCAACUUUUUCUCCAACUGCUUUACAUAAAGGGACCACAAAAUAAUUUCAUCAAGCUAAAUCAUACAUAUUUAAGAAGUUAAAACUUCCAAGCAAAAAAGCCAUAGAGUGCCACUCAAACAGAUAAUUUGAUUUUCUUUAAUAGACUUUGUUUUUUUUUCGAGAAGUUUUAGGUUCAUAGGAAAAUUGAGUAUAAGGUGCAAGACAGACAAUUUUGAAACAAUCUGUUAUUAGUACACAUCAUUUUGUCAAACUAGAUUUUUCUUACAAAAAUAGCCCUGAAGUCCUAUUGCAAGUAUUAUAUUUGCUACUCAUCUAAAUUAAGCUCCAUAGAUCAUAAAACAGGUUAAGAUACAAACAACAACAAAAAACUCAGCCAACUAGAAAGAUGGUGUUUUUUAAACCCUCUUUCCAGGCCCUCUUUGUUGGAUUUUACCUCUCUUAGAUGCUGUUGAAGAACUAAGAAUUACAAAGAUGGAACUAGAAAUGAGGAAAAUAAAAGUACAAUUGACUCCAGAUCAAAAGUAGUAUAUUUUAAGGGCCAUUAGAGUGAUUCCAGUAAAGUGCUUUUGGAGUUUAUUAGAAGGAAAGAUGAUUGCCACGUGGUGUGACCAAGGAUGCCUUCUUAGAGGUGGUAGUUUGAAGCAAAGCCUUUUAUGAGAAUUAACCUUCCUCAGUAGCAAUGAAAACUGAGUCAAGGAUGUACAUUCCAAGACAAGAAAUAGCAAAGUUAGAGAUAAGAAAGAAUAGGGCAUAUUUGAGAAAUAGUGAAUAGUCCUGUAUUUGUACAGAGAAGUGGACCAUCCGAUAAGAAAGAUUCAUGUAUGUCAAAUUAUGGGAGGCUUUGAAUACCAGCAGAAAGGCACUAACCCUAUGGAUUAAUUAUUUUGUACCAGGUACUAUGUUAGAUUAAUAUACUUUGCAUCAUUUAAUUUUUUCCAAAGAAGAAAACAAAGAGUUAGGUGGUAUUAUGCCUAUUUUUAUAUCCUUUUUUUUUUUGACAGGCAGAGUGGACAGUGAGAGAGAGAGAGACAGAGAGAAAGGUCUUCCUUUUGCCGUUGGUUCACCCUCCAAUGGCCGCCGCGGCCGGCGCACCGCGGCCAGCGCACCGCACUGAUCCCAUGGCAGGAGCCAGGUACUUCUCCUGGUCUCCCAUGGGGUGCAGGGCCCAAGCUUGGGCCAUCCUCCACUGCACUCCCUGGCCACAGCAGAGAGCUGGACUGGAAGAGGGGCAACCGGGACAGAAUCCGGCGCCCUGACCGGGACUAGAACCUGGUGUGCUGGCGCUGCAAGGUGGAGGAUUAGCCUAUUGAGCCGUGGUGCCGGCUAUUUUUACAUCCUUUGCUCAGAAUUAGAGCCAGUGGAUGACAGAACCAGAAUGAACUCAUGUGGCCUGUGAAGUACACACAUUCCAGCACAACCCCAGUGCUCCUGUUAGACCUGACUCUGCAGCCCAUGGCAAUCAGUGGCUACCAGAUUCUAUCAGUCCUACUGGAAGUGUCCAGCCCUGACCUAUUUCUGAGUCUAACAAUCUCUCAUCCAAUCUGUUGCAAUAGCUCCCUUUUAGACUGAGCUUCCCAUUGUUUCUGCUUUUACCCAACCAUUCCAUGUUGUCAGAAUUAUCUUUGUGCAAGAUUGCCUUCUCUGAUCUUUAAGAAAGCAACACUACAUGCAGGUAAAAUGCAAAUUGGGACCCAAGGCUGUUCACACCCAGGCCCAACCUGUUUUUCCAUCCUCAUACUGCAGGACUUCUGACUCCACCCAUACUUCAGGCACACUAACCUCACUAAUUGGAAACAUUACUCCUUCCACACAGGACAGAAGGGAUGUGAGCUGUAUUUCAUACUCUGAACUUUUGUUCCUGCUGUUUCUUUUGUUCAGUGUCUGCUUAUCUUCACAGUCUUUGCCUGUUCAGUAAGACUUCUUUGUUCCCGCCUGUGUGUUUCUCUGAAUGAAUGUAUAGCUGCUUACCCACCUAUGUCUAUUCCAGAAAGUCUUCUUAAAUGCAGACAUUGUCUUCUUCAUCCUUGUAUAACCAGUAUCUAACCAGGUCUAGCAUAGAGUAAAUUUUCAGAAACAGAACUGAUCAAGAUAAGUUUCUUAAUUCAAAGCUGGGUGACAACCA